AUGCAGAAGUGUAUGAUUAGUGAUGAUAAUACAAGUAGUGACAUUUUGGGUCUGAAUACGGAGAAAAAUGUUCUUAAUAAGAAUCGUGAUAUUUCCAACAAUACCAGUGUUGUUGUUGAUAUUGAAUUUUCAAUAUUAUGUGAGAUCCUAAGCCGACUUCCUGUUAAGUCACUCAUGCGUUUCAAAUUCGUAUCCAAAACCUGGUUGUCGCUUAUCCAGAAAGACCUUUACUUUAUUGAUUUACACUGUAAACGAUCAAGAACCCUACGUCCAGCUCUUUUAUACGUGAUUCCAUUAAAAAUUAAAGAUCAGAAUAAUCCGUUCAGAGUUGGUGAUAAGUUUUUCUUGACAGCUAAUUUAUCAUUCGAAAGAAGAGGCAAAAGAAAAGCAGAGAUUCAUAGUACAAGGAAGAUAAACUUGUUUACGCACAGGCUGCCUGCAGAUGUCCGCAUAUACAAUAUCAGCACCAGAGAAGUGACACCACGGAUUACAUCAACAUUGUUAAGGGAAGAGGUGGAAAAGAAUAGCACAUGUUGGCGCCCUUCGUAUGAUAUAACCUAUAAACUUGGAUUUCAUCCUGCAACAAAAGAACACAAACUGUUAUGUAUGUGCAGAAUAUAUUUGUGUGAAACUGAUUAUGAGUAUGAGCUUUAUCAGGUCUUGACUGUAGGAGACAAUACAUGGAGGAGGAUUGAUUGGGUCUCACCUUGUCGUCUUGAUUUCCUUCAACUCUCUGUAUAUGCGAAUGGUUCGAUUUAUUUUUGCAGCGCUUUUUUUGAAGAUGGUGAUCCUAAGUUCUUGGUGGUAUUUGAUGUUGGAAGUGAGAAGUUCAGAACGAUACCGAUACCUUUCAUUCUUGAUCAUCAGCCUCUGGAUUCUUGUUUUUGGAUGCGCCGUGCUUACUUAUUGGCAGUUGAUGGACAUGUAGCUAUACUGCGUAGGAUGAACAACCGCAUUCUCAAGCUAUGGAUAUACAAAGCUACAAAUCUUGAUGAUGCUGAGGCAAAUUGGAGUGAAGACAUUAUAACGUUACCUUUUUCUUGGGAUAGGAAGCGGUGUCUCUCCUUUUCAAAUGUUGAAGGAACAAACCAAAUCAUUAUGGAAUUCUUCGGGAAUCGUAAAAGACGAGUGAAUUCUGUCUAUCUUUAUUCUUACGAUUGGAAGAAAAAAACAUUUUGUGAAGUCAAAGUUGGUGGGAUUCCUGCCUCAGUUCCCGACUUUUGUUCAGUUAAACUGUUUACAGCUUUCGCAGAAAGUCUUUUUCCUGUUCAGAAGACGGAAUCAUAG